GCGGUCAGGGGGGCCAGGGGCUCAUCCCUGUGGGUGUUGAGCAGCAUUGCUGCAGCCCCUGUGCAGUGCCCAGAAGGUGACAGCUCCUUGCUGGGUCCCACUCCACCAGAGAUGGGGACGAGCCACAUGGGGACUGGGAGCCAGCAUGGGGAAGCUCUUCUGGGCUCCCCCUACCCCAGCCCCUCUCCCUGUCCCCUGCAGGACAGAGACACCGUUCAGGGUGACCUGCACCCCCCAUGCCCUUCACCCCGGGGUUUGUGUGGGGACCCCAGGGCCGCGCCGGUGGGACAGAGGGACACUUUUCUAUGCACUCAAGCCACGGUACCCUCAGCCCUGGGCUGCUCUGGACAGGGCAUUCUGGCCAUGCCUGGGGCUUGGGGGAGCCCCUGGGUCCCGCUGCUGCCCUGGGGCUCAGCCAGGAUGCCCCCUUGCUUCCCACCCAGCCUGUGCCACAGGGGCAGCCAAACCCAGCGCCCCGCUGCCCAGGAUGGCAGCACCAGCCCACCAGGACCGCAGCAAGGGGGCACGUCUGGGGGCCAAGCAGCUACAGGAGGGGCACAGCUCCAGGGCUGCUCCGGCUUCAGGGAGUGAGGGAAGUUCGUUCUGGCAGGGGCUGCCGCGGGGUCUCAGCCACAUCCCUGCCCACCUUCCCCCCCCCCGGGCGCUGGGACCCGGCGGCUGCUGUCAUGUACUGUAAAUACUCUGUGUGCCACCUUCUUCUCUGGGACCCUCGGCACGGGCGGGGGUGAGCGGGAGGCCGGGGUCCGUCCCGAGACUUUUUUGUAUACCACAAACUUUUUGUAUAUUUUUAAUUUUGCUGCAACAUGAGAUAUUAAAUUCAUUUCAAUAAGCCCUGCCUGUGGGAUCCCGUCCUUGCUGGCACCUCCGGCUCACGGGUGGGGUCUGAAGCGGGGCAGGAUGGUGCCUCCCUGUCAUGGGGUGCUCAGGGACUCCAGGAGCAGAGCAGAGUGGCUGUGGUGGUGCUGCCUGCUCAGUGUCAGUGGUCCUGGUGUGGCAGCCAGGAGGGAAGGGGGAUAUGAGCAGGAUGCAGCUUCCUGGGGAGGAAGCUGCUGGACAUGGCCACUGCUGGGCCAACCUCCUCCCUGACAGAGCCCCUGAUCCCCAGCCGAUCCCCAGACCCACAGGGGGCUCAGACUCCAUGGGGAAGCAGAAUCAGCCCCAGGCCCAGGCAGGAGCCCUGCGGCAGUGAGGGGCAGGGACUGCUCUGUAACAGGGUCCCGAGGGCACCCCCACCACCUGCUCUGGUCCCAGUGCCUGCUCCGGUCCCAUCCCAGCUGACUUCACCCCCUGUUUCUGCCCAAGUCCCAGUCCCAUUCCCAGGCUCAGUCCUGACCCGGUCCCAGUGUCAGCCCAGCCCAGGCCGGCCCAGCCCAGCCCAGUCCCAGCACCCCCCAGGAGAGGCAGGAACUCACAUCCCAGCCAUCCUGGUGGAGUUUCCGACACAGGAAAGCACCGCGGCGCCGAGCGGGGCGGUGGGGGCGGCCGCAGCUCCGCGUCCAGCCAUGGACUGCGAGGCCAAGAAGGGAAAGAAGGGCUUUGUGUCGCCCAUCAAGCGGCUGGUGUUCCCGAAGGCUGCGCGGAGGGCAGCGCUCCGCAGCAGCGUCUACCGGCGCCCGCUGCACUCCGUGCCCCUCUAUCCCCCCGACUACCUGAUCGACCCCCAGAUCCUGCUGCACGACUACGUGGAGAAGGAGGUGAAGUUUUUAGGCCACCUGACAUGGGUGACAUCCUCCCUGAACCCCUCCAGCCGGGAUGAGGUGCUGCAGCUGCUGGACACGGCCAGGCAGCUGAAGGAGCUGCCUCUGCAGACGACCCCGGAGCAGGACAGCAUUCUCAGCCUCUCUGCGCGCUGCCUCCUGCUCACCUGGCGCGACAACGAGGAGCUGAUCCUGCGCAUCCCCACCCACGAGAUCGCCGCAGCCUCUUACCUGCGAGACGACGCCCUGCACCUCCUCAUCCUCAAAACCGGCCUGGGAGUGGACCCGGUCCCUGCCGGAGCGCACCCUGAGGCGGCCCCGGCCAGCGUGCCGGAGGCUUUUCCCCCCGAAAAGCGCCCGGGGGGCUCGUGGCCGGAGGGGGGUCGGUUGGGGGGCGCGAUGGAGAGGCGGCACACCAUCUGCAGCCUGGACUGGCGGGCGGCGCGGGGCGGGCAGGAGGCCCGGCAGGGCGGCAGCCUGGAGCGGCGGCGGGGCGGCAGCUGGGAGCGGCGGCAGCGCGGGCGGCCCUCGGGCAGCUGGGAGCGAAGGCAGCCGUGCGGCGGCAGCUGGGAGCGGCGGCGGGCCGGCACCGCCGGCGGCAGCUGGGAGCGCGGCACCGGCUUCGGCAGCUGGGAGCGGCGGCACCCCGGCGGCAACCCCCUGGACCCCCAGGAGCCCUGCCCCGACGCCUACUCCAACCUCGUCAUCCUCGCCGUGCCCAACAGGGAUGCUGGUGAGGAGUCCUGUGCACUAAUCUGCCAGGUGUUCCAGAUCAUCUACGGGGACCAGAGCAUUGAGUGUGUGGACCGUGCCGGGUACCACUACACCUCGACACCCACACGGCCCUGGCUCUCCAGCAGGAGCGAGAGCUGCCGCACAGAUGGGACGUACGGCUACGACGCCGACUACAGCUGCUGCAGCUCCUUCAAUGGCUCCCACGAGACCUUCGAGGCGUAUUACAGCGGCACCUCCUCGCCCUCCUUCCACCACUCCCACCACAGCCUGGCCACCGCCUGCAGCGGCAGCGACCAGAGUGGCGCAGGGCUGGAGCAGCUGCAGGACUACAUGAUGACACUGCGCAACAAGCUGUCAUCGCAGGAGAUCCAGCAGUUUGCCCUCCUGCUCCGUGAGUACCGGCUGGGCACGCCGGUGCGGGAGUACUGCGCCGAGCUCCUGCGCCUCUACGGGGACCGCAGGAAGUUCCUCCUCCUGGGAAUGAGGCCCUUCAUCCCUGACCAAGACAUCGGAUACUUUGAGACCUUCCUGGAGAGCAUCGGGAUCCGGGAGGGCGGGAUCCUCACCGACAGCUUUGGCCGCAUCAAGCGCAGCAUGAGCAACACGUCGGCCUCGGCCGUGCGCAGCUACGACAGCUGGUCCCUGCGCUCCGAGUCCGAGUCCUUCAACCGCAUGAUCACGGACAUCACCCACGACAUCGAGGCGCUGGCACGGGAUGAGGAAGAGGAGGAGGAGGAGGAAGAGGACAACUACCUGUGAGCCACUGCUAAAACGCAGCAGUCCCCUCCCUGCUCACCGAUGCGGUGCUGCACCUUCAAGCUGAGACUCUGAAGGUGCCCAGCUCUGCCCCAGCACCUGGGAGGGGGGUCAUUGUCUCCCCAUUUGUCACCGUGGGAGGGGACAGGGCUCUGCACUGCCCUGCCAGCUCUCAGCAGGGCUGUUGGAACCACAGGGCAGCUGUGGCAGGUAGGGGAGCCACUUGUCCUGUAAUUUCUGUAGAUUUCAAUUAAAUGUUGGGGCUGGGAGCAGAGCAGGUUCUUCCCCAAGCGAAGGCUGUAUCGGGGUG